CAACAAGAGACUUGAAAAAGAGCAGAGUUCACUCAGAACUUGCAGAUCCCUCCAGAAACAGAACGGAUCCAGAUCUUCAGAACCAACUGACUGUUUCAAGUUGGGCCCAGGAUGUGGAUGUUCCUGAUCGUUGUUAGUCUGCUGGACCAGAACCAGGCUGCUUCUUUACCAGGAAAACAUGGCAGCGUCCAGCUCCUUCUGCAGCAACAAUACCAAACAGCUAUUACGCCCUCUCCCGUUGCACCUCAGCAGAAGACUUCCUCCUCAUCCUCUUCUUCCUCCUCCUCCUCAGACUCCUCUGACUCCAGCCAGAGUGCUCAGGCUUUCCAACUAAUGAGAGACCAACCAAAGCUGGAAAACACAGAAGGGGGGCAGGUGGACUUGUCACAGGAGGUGGGGGAGCAGGUGGACCUGUCACAAGAGAGUUCAGAGUUCUUCCUGCCUACCAGUGCGCCCAGCAGCACCAACCUGCAGCUCAGUGAACUGGUUCUACUGGGUCAGAGAGCUGAGGAGAGACAAGACAGUCAAAACAAGGCCAUGCCGCACACUUUUCAUCUCCUCCUGAGCCCCAGCAGAGAAACUCCUCAGACCACCAAAGUAGGCGGGGACUUCACAGAUGGGGGCGUGUAUGUAGGUGGCGUGGGCGGAGCCGGAGGACAGCAGGAUGCAGGAGAUGACCAUGACACUGAUGAGGAUGAGCUCAAUGGAAUCCCACGUGUGUCAGAUGAUAGCAUGGAGGGAGGAAACGGGCUUGCCCUUCACCUUCCUGGCCACCGUAGUGACGAAGCAGGACUGGAGCUGGCGUUAUAAAAGAGGCCACGCCCUCUGGCCUGAACAUCAUGUAGCUGUGUGAAAUCUGUUAUCUUCCAUAACCUGAUGACAGAUAUGUAAUCUCUACUUUCAUUUAACCUCUAAAUAAAGUUUUGAAACAAACCCAGGAA